GCUCAGAAGCUCUUGAUAUUUACAGAGAGAGAGAGAGAGAGAGAGAGAGGAGAAGAAGAAGAAGUAGAAGAAGAAGAAGAAGCAUGUCAGGAGGAGGUGGUCAGAUCACACAAGACUGGGAGCCGGUGGUGAUCCGCAAGAAGGCUCCGACCGCCGCCGCCCGCAAGGAUGAGAAAGCCGUCAACGCCGCUCGUCGCGCCGGUGCCGAGAUCGAAACCAUCAAAAAAUCAAAUGCGGCCUCAAACAAAGCUGCCUCUAGCAGCACUUCUUUGAAUACUAGAAAGCUUGAUGAAGAAACAGAGAAUCUUACGCAUGAUAGGGUGCCAACUGAACUGAAGAAAGCCAUCAUGCAAGCUCGGAUGGAUAAGAAACUCACUCAGUCCCAACUUGCACAAAUGAUCAAUGAGAAGCCGCAAGUGAUACAAGAAUACGAAUCAGGAAAAGCUAUUCCCAAUCAGCAGAUAAUCUCAAAACUGGAGAGGGCUCUUGGUGCGAAGCUGCGUGGAAAGAAGUAAAACAGGGAAGACGACUUUUAGCACGGUCAUUGAGUGCCUCUUUUGAGUCUAUGUUGUGGUGGUGUACAUGAACCCUUUUUUUCCCCUAUUCCGUCAUGGCUCAUUUGUAAAUAAUAAAAAAAAAAACUAUGGCUGAUGAAUUUGGCUUUCCAUGGACAUGUGAAACUUUGUUUCCUUUUGUUUUCGGAGCAUGGUGAAACUGCAACUUGAAUGCGAUGUUGUGUGGAGAUCUUCUGCACUAUUGUGAUGGUUUUUGCCUUAUCUA